GAGCCUCAGCCCUCACAGGGCCCUGAGCCUUUUCCAGGCAUCUGACUUAAUCUGCCUCCAAAACUGGAUCUUUCUCUGGUGGGUCCUCAGGGAAGACCACUGCUGUACUGGUGACUGUGACCUGCCUGACCGUCACAGCACCAUGUCCACCUGGUGGACAUCCCCAAGCAAUGACUCCAUCCUCUGGGUGUUCUGGCUCCUCCGCCUGCCGCAGCUCUUCUCCACCUGCGUGGCCUUCUCGCUUGUGGCUGACAUGGGCAUUUGGAGAGGGGCCAUAGGUAACUGGUCCCUGUCCUUCUGGUGCAUCUGUUUCGCCAUGACUUUCAUCAUCUCCAUAGUCAAGUUAUACAAGCUCGAUUCCAAAUUUCCUUCUUUCUGGCACAACAUCUGCAUCACCUACACCUGCUACGCUGCCCUCAUCUGCCUCUCGGCCUCCAUCAUCUAUUCCAUCACCUAUGUCCAGUUCCUGCCUGAUGAUCUUUACCGGGACCGGGCUAUUACCGCCACUGCUUUCUCCUGCAUCGCGUCUGUGCUGUAUGUCAUAGAAGUGGCUGGAAUGAGAGCCUGGUAUCAUCUCGAGGAGGUCUUCUUUCCAGGCCUGCUGAAGGUGUUGGAGACCUUUGUGGCUGGUAUCAUCUUUGCCUUCCUCAGCAACACCUCCCUGUACCUGCACCAGCCGGCCCUGGAGUGGUGUGUGGCCGUGUACUCCAUCUGCUUCAUCCUGGCAGCUGUGGUCCUCCUGCUGGGCCUGGCUGAAUGGGAAUACAUACUGUCUGGGCCUUUCCUCAUUUUCCAGCCUGUGUUCAGCCUGCUCUCCAUCCUCCUCUACAUCAGCGCUCUGGUCCUCUGGCUGCUCUACCAGUUUAAUGAGGAGUUCGGCGGGCUGCCCCAGCGGUUCAUGGACAUGAGCUGCACUGAUGAGCUCUCCUACAACAUGUGCACCUGGGACCAGCAACUGGCUGUGGCCAUCCUGACAGCCAUCAACCUGCUGGUUUACAUAGUCGACCUGGUGUUCUGGGUCUGCCAGAUUUUUCUGUAG